UUUGGGCUUCUCGGUUGUUUGAGUGAAAUGUCCAGCGAAGAACCGCAAUGGAGAAAAGUCCAUACAAUAACAGGAGUAAUACCACGUUCGAGACACGGACACAGGGCCGUGGCCAUUCGGGAGCUGAUUGUAGUGUUCGGAGGUGGAAACGAAGGGAUAGCGGAGGACCUGCAUGUUUAUAACACGGUCUCCAAGCAGUGGUUUCUGCCUGCUGUGAGGGGAGACAUCCCACCAGGCUGUGCUGCCCAUGGUUUAGUUUGUGAGGGCACUCGCAUUCUGGUCUUUGGUGGCAUGAUAGAGUAUGGCAAAUACUCCAACAACCUCUAUGAACUUCAGGCUAACAGGUGGCUUUGGAAGAAGCUGAAGCCCAGAGCGCCCAAAAAUGGCUUGCCUCCAUGCCCUCGUAUCGGACACAGCUUCACACUUUGUGGUGGCAGGUGCUAUGUGUUUGGGGGGCUCUCCAAUGUUAGCGAAGACCCCAAUGGAAAUGUCCCACGGUACAUGGAUGACCUGUAUGAGCUGGAGCUGCAUUCGGCAUCAGGCGCAAGAGGCUGGAGCAUCCCAGAGACAAAAUGGUGCGGUCCUUCAGCGCGGGAGUCCCACACUGCUGUCGCGUACGCUGGUCUUGGCUCGCCCAAGCUUUUCAUCUUUGGAGGAAUGCAAGGGCGCCGCUUGGAUGACCUCUGGCAGCUUGAUCUCAACACCAUGAUGUGGUCAAGGCCUCACACCAGGGGUUCCACGCCACUACCCAGAAGUCUUCACUCUGCCAGCAUCAUCGGAAACAAAAUGUUUCUUUUUGGUGGCUGGGUUCCUGUUCCAGAGUCAGAGAAGCAAAAGGCUGCAGGAAUGAAAUGGAUUUGCACCAACUCCUUAAGUCUUCUUGACUUGGACACCAUGAGCUGGCAGAACCUGGGCCCACAAUACGACGACGUUGGCUCCCAGCUGCAGAACCAUAAGGCACAGAGCGAGGACCAGAAUGCGAGGAGACCCAAAGCCAGGGCCGGCCACUGCGCCGCUGUGGUGGGAUCCAGGCUUUACGUUUGGAGCGGCCGGGAUAGUUACCAUAAGAGCUUGGGCUACCAAGUCUGCUGCAAGGACCUGUGGUACCUGGAAACAGAUAGACCAUCGUCCUCGGAUGCGGUGAUGCUCAUCAAGUCCACUGUCAGCAUGCUCCAUGUGGCGUGGCGCCCCGUGUCUGCAGCAGACUGCUACCUCCUCCAGAUUCAGCCUGUCAACCCGCCAGCCAAACAGCUGGAUUGGUCGGCAGCAGAUGGAGAGAGAAAAAGUCAAGAUUUCCAGAGUGUAAGUGAAUGCAACACUGAAGAACAAGAGAACACAUCAGUGCAGCAGCACGGCAACCUAGCAAAAUCCUCCAUUAGCCAGGUGGAGCCCCAGGCAGAGAAACAUGAGGCUGAGAAUAUGACACACCAGAGCCCGGAGGAAGCGCUGUGGUUUGAUGUAGGUGUAUUUAAAAGCCUCUUUUCAGAGGUCCACUGCUACUAUCUGCCUGCUGAGAACCAACAGGUGACCCCAAGCAGUCGGCCUUCUGUUACAAAAGAGAGGAGGCUACAGGACUACCAAGAGCGAGAGAAGGAGGAGCUGACUGCAGGUCAGACUUACAGGUUUCGAGUGGCGGGCCUCAACUGCUUGGGCCGAGGUGACUUCAGUCAGGUCAGUGAGUUCAAGACGUGCCAACAUGGCUUCCCUGGAGCGCCCUCUGCUGUCAAGAUCAACAAGGCCAACGACGUGGUCUGCAUCACAUGGGAAGCGCCUCCCUCUCCGUCGGGCCGCAUCCUGGAGUAUUCAAUGUACAUGGCGGUGAAGAAGAGCCGCUCGUCCAGCUCCGAGGGUCCCGGCCAACUCACCUUCAUCCGGAUCUACCGCGGUACCAAGAUGUCCUGCACGCUCAGCUCCAACCAGCUGGAGAAUGCACAUCUGGACUGCUCCGCCUCCAGCCGCCCGGCUCUCGUCUUCCGCAUCGCCGCCAAGAACGAGCAGGGCUACGGCCCGGCCACCCAGAUCCGCUGGAUUCAAGAUCUCUUUAAAGCGCGGGCUGGAUCAAAGGCAGAGGUCUGUGGUGCUGAUGGUCGCCAUGCUGCUGACAGCUGCAGCUGAAAGUAUUAUUAUCAGGAGACGUGGACAUCAAGCAAUGCACAUAUUUAUUUUUUCUAUUUAAAUCAUCUCUGUAUAUAUAUUUUGAUUUCAAUAUUUUUGUAAUGAUGCACCACAUAACUAAAAUAGUUUCAAUCAUGACAUGUUUUGUAAGCUAUUUUUAUGUUCGCAGGGAGCAAUUUUAAUCAUGUCAGUGUUUGAUAUGAUCUUUGCAGCGAUAUAGUUUACUAGGUUAUUACAAUGAUGUCUUUUUCCAUUCAAAUACUUUGGUGUUCACAUGGUCAUUCAUCAUCGUACGUCUUUAAUAAUUACAUUAACUAUGAAUGAUUGUCAUUUAGAGAAAAUCACAGCAACGUUCUUUUCAAAGAGCACUUGCUCGUUAUUACAGUUCCUUUUUUUUUGCAAAGUAAUCACUGUAGCUGUUAUAUGAUAAGGUGUGAAUGAGAAACUAAUCUUUUACACAAAUGUAAUUAUUCUGAAAUAUUGGCAAUAAUUGGGUGCCAUGAUAUCACUCAUUUGAAUUGUCCAUAACUUUGUAGCAUUUUAAUAAUAGAUACAAAUAAUAUGUACGAAUAAAAUGUAUAUACCCGGAUCAUGUUUUGUUUAGUCAUGUUCUGUUUAGUUUUGGACUCCCUUUGUCACGUUCAAACACUGAGGACAUCUAUUAAACAAGACAAAAGGCAAGGAAUCAAACAGAGACAGAAUUCAAUUUGGACUCAAUAUUGAGGAGAGACAUGGCCACUGCACUCUCUGUACAGUCCUGCACCACGCUCUGACGAAGAAGGUUUUCGUCUCCUCUUUUAUUCAGAUGUUCAAUGUUCACGCACCAACACAUGUCACAGCAGGAAUGGGAAGUAUGUAAAACAGUCAUUGUUUUCGGUCGCUUUGAAGACCAAGAAGAGGAUUUCUCGGGCUUGGGCUCUUCCUGGAUCCAGCUGGGGCAGGUGUUGGAGGACAAUGGAUAACCCCUCCCGUCUCCUGACCACAGCAACUUCAAGAGGGCAGCGGGUCGUAAAUAGCGUUGACCUCGGUUACCAAAUAGUUGGAAGAGAGUUUGUGAAAUACUUCAGAGAGAGUUCGUUUAACACUUCAAAGAGAGUUCCUCUGGAAGUUGAGCAGAUCCUGCCAUCUGUCCGUGUUGAAAUCACAGUGGCGUUUCACGAGCCUUCUUCCUCUUGUUAGGCCUCGAAAGACAGCAUUCAUAAUACAACGUUUCUUUUGUGAUAACUUACAAACAAUUAUUCCAACACCCUUAGUUCCUGUUUUGUGCACCCCUGGGUUUGUUUUGGUUACCAUGGGUGCUGAUUGGGUUCACCUGCCUCUGAUUAGUGUUCAGCACGCUCACCUGCUGCCGGGCACUAAUCAGAGAGCUACUUAUUCACGUUGCUCGCCACACACUGUCUGGCUUGGUUAUUUGCUGUGUGCAAUCCUCCAGUCCUAAGUUUGUUCCUCAGCUUCUCGUGCGAUCGGCACGCUUUCCUUUUGUUUGUUUCCUGUUUUUUUGUAUUGUGCUAUGAUUUAUGAGGAAUAAAUCAUAUCCUACCUUCA